AUGGCUUGUAGCGACACAGAUAGUCGAGGGAAUAAGCGCCGACUGUAUGCACCAACUCCGGACACUGGCACUUGGCGCUAUUUGUUUCCAUCCCCUUCAAAAGCUUCAGCGUCCCUAGUCGCAAUAUUGGCUUUCAUUGUGGGAUGGUGCUUCCACUUCUUGAGCCUAGAUACACUGCUCGGACCAUCUCCUUCAGUCCACAACGACACCUACUGGGAAAGCCAUAGAGAGGAGGUUCGAACAGCCUUCAUCACAAGCUGGGAUGCAUACGCAAAAUACGCUUGGGCAGGACAAGACCGAUUCCAUCCGUUGUCAAAAAGGGGCUCUCAGAUGAGCCCCAAUGGCCUGGGAUGGAUAAUCGUAGACAGCCUGGAUACGCUGAUGAUCAUGAACCUCACAACUCGCCUAUCAGACGCUCGACAAUGGCUUGAAAAGAAUUUGACAUAUGAUCAAGACCAAGACGUGAAUACAUUCGAGACCACAAUACGUAUGCUCGGGGGCCUGCUGUCUGCUCAUUACCUAUCCACUCAGCUUCCAGAUGCUUCCUUCGGGCGGGAUUCCGUUUACCUGUCCAAGGCAGUCGACUUAGCAGACCGACUGCUCGCAGCAUAUGACUCGGGAUCGGGGAUCCCUUAUGCUAGCGUCAACCUAGCAAAACGAGAAGGAAUCCGCUCGCAUGCUGAUGGCGGGGCUUCAUCUACCGCCGAAGCAGCUACCGUGCAGUUGGAGAUGAAGUACCUAUCCCAUCUAACGGGAGACACUGUGUAUUGGAAUAAAGCUGAAAAGGUUAUGGAGGUACUCGAUAGCCGCGGUGUGAAAGAUGGUCUUGUACCUAUCUUUGUGAAUCCAGAUACUGGAAGGUUCCGGCAUAAGACAAUUCGGCUCGGAAGCCGUGGCGAUUCGUACUAUGAAUAUUUAGUAAAGCAAUACCUGCAGACCAACGAAUCUAUCUACGGGGAGAUGUGGGAAGAGGCACUCGCAGGGAUUCAGAAGAAUCUUGUUACCUUCACCAAGCACUCCAACCUCCAAUACAUAGCAGAGCUUCCAGGCGGCAUUGGUGGUCGUCUUUCCCCGAAGAUGGACCACCUCGUUUGCUUUCUCCCAGGAUCCAUCGCAAUCGGGGCUACGGGCGGGUUGACUGAAGCCGAGGCCCGCAGAACUGGACACUGGAAUGCUCAAAAAGAGGAGCAGAUGCGUCUCGCUAGGGGGCUAACGAAGACAUGCUGGGCGCAAUACGCAGUCACAGAGACGGGGCUAGCACCGGAAAUUGUAUGGUUCGAGACAGAUGAUUCCGACCUUGAGCCAUCUUCCAAUUCAAAUAUGUCUCGACCCUCAAGCAGAGACGACAUUAACUCCUGGAUUAAGGAUAUCAACAUCCGACUAAUAGAUGCCGAUAACUUACAACGCCCAGAGACUGUCGAGAGCCUCUUCUUAAUGUAUCGUGUUACGAAAGAUCCGAUAUAUCGACAAUGGGGAUGGGAGAUCUUCAAGGCAUUCCAAAAGCACACGCGGGUUAAGGACGGGGAAGGUUAUACAUCUCUUAGUGAUGUCACGAUAGUUCCUCCGAAGAGACCUCAUGUGUUUCCACGUCUACAUCAGGCAGAGUACAAGACUGGCUGGACCAGAAAGCGGAGGUUAUGA